UGCGCGAAGCACCACUGCAGAGAUCGAAAACCGAUACGUCACGAUUUCCGUUUCCGUCUAUUGGUCUAUUAUCUCAGUUUAUUUGUGUCAGUUUUGGCAUGAGCGGUGCAGCGCUUGCCGUCAACCGAUGAGAUGGAUUUCAGUAGAUUGUCCUAUGAGAUUAUGGGAGAUUAUUUUGCUCUGUGGUCUUUUUCAAGAACGUAUCCUGUUAAACAUGCGGCGAAUUUAAUAUGCGCAGUAGUCGACACAAGACAAGCAGCUCGAUGAAGAGACUACAUUGAACGCGACGCUUUGGUUUCUGCUGUGACAAUCGCGAAAACAAUAGCAGUUUUAUGGAUUUUUGACUGUCAGUGGAAAUACAUAUCCAGUGACAUAAAUAAAGAGUCAUGCGGAAAAGAGAGAGUGUGACAGUAACAUUCAUCUCUAAACAGGCUCGGAGAGGGCGUGCACCUUUUGAAAUACAGGUUAUUGUAUGCAUUAGCCUGUAAUCACACUGUCUGUCUUAAACACUUGAGGUACAUGGAAGCGGACGAAGUAAUCGGCGAGUCCGCCGUGGACUCCAGGGACGAGUGGACACUCCUGGCCUGGACCGCUUUGGCCGUAGCGGUACCCGUGAUUCUUACGCUGUGGUGCAGCGUGCAGCGCUCCAAACGGAAACUGCUAAUAAAGAACAUCUUUCGCAGAAGCAAGCACGGUUGGCACUACACCGACCUUUUCAACAAGCCCACCUACUGCUGCGUCUGCUCCCAGCACAUUAUACAGGGAGCUUUCUGCGACUGCUGCGGCGUGUGCGCCGACGAGCAGUGCCUGCGCCGGGCCGACCGCAGUCUGCCAUGUAAGGAAAUCGUGGCUCCGGCCCAGGCGGAUGGAACCCUGGCGCAUCGCUGGACACGCGGAAACGUUCCACUCUGCAGCUACUGCGCGGUAUGCAAACAACAGUGUGGCACGCAGCCCAAGUUGUGCGACUACAGGUGUGUGUGGUGCCAGACCACGGUGCACGAUGACUGUAAGGCCGGGCUGGGGGAUGGCGGGCACUGUGAUCUGGGCGAGUUCCGCAGCCUCAUUGUUCCACCUCACUACCUGCACCGCGUCAACAAACUACGCCGCACAAACACCGACGAGUACAGCAAGUUGGCGGAAAUCUGCGGGAGUGGCUGGAGCCCUGUGCUGGUCCUGGCCAACACCCGCAGCGGGAACAACAUGGGGGAGGCCCUGCUGGGGGAGUUCCGCUCCCUCCUCAACCCCGUCCAGGUGUUUGACCUGUCGGUGCUGCCGCCAGCUAAGGCCCUGCAGCUGUGCGUGCUCCUGCCCGCCGGGAGUGUGCGUGUGCUCGUCUGCGGAGGGGACGGCACGGUCGGCUGGGUGCUGGACGCCAUCGACACCAUGAAGCUCAAGGGCCAGGAUCAGUUCGCCCCUCAGGUGACCAUCCUGCCUCUGGGAACAGGAAAUGACCUGUCGAACACGCUGGGCUGGGGGGCGGGGUACGCAGGGGAGAUACCCGUGGAGCAGGUGCUGCGGAACAUCAUGGACGCAGAGGUGGUGAAGAUGGACAGGUGGAAAGUACAGAUCGCUUCUAAAGGAUAUUACUUUCGCAAACCCAAGGUUCUGUCCAUGAACAACUAUUUUUCGGUGGGUCCGGACGCCCUGAUGGCGCUGAAUUUCCACACCCAUCGGGAGAAGACCCCAUCGCUCUUCUCCAGCCGGAUCAUCAACAAGGCUGUGUAUUUUUUCUACGGAACCAAAGACUGCUUAGUUCAAGAAUGCAAAGAUCUGGACAAGAGGAUUGAGCUGGAGCUGGACGGGGAGAGGGUGGCCCUGCCCAGUCUGGAGGGCAUCAUCGUGUGUAACAUCCGCUACUGGGGCGGGGGCUGCCGGCUGUGGGAUGGCAUGGGGGACGAGCCCUGCCCCCCCACCAGGCUGGAUGAUGGGCUAUUGGAGGUUCUGGGUGUUUUCGGGUCGUUCCACUGCGCCCAAAUCCAAGUGAAACUGGCCAACCCAGUGCGCCUCGGCCAGGCCCACACGGUCCGGAUGGUGCUGAAGAGCUCGCGCAUGCCCAUGCAGGUGGACGGGGAGCCGUGGGCCCAGGGGCCCUGCACCAUCACCAUCACCCACAAGACCCAGGCGCUGAUGCUGUACCAUAGCGCCGAGCAGACCGACGACGACGACGACUCCAGCAGCACCGACACCGAAGCCGCGCUCAAGCCAGCCGUGCCAAACAGCCACAGCGCCCCCUAGAGUCCCACCCCCAGGCCCCUCCCGCGCCAUCCUGCAUAUGAAGCCGCAUUAGCUCUGCCGAACAUCGCUCGACCCCUUAUCCUCCAGACUCCACACCCCCCCCCCCUUUCUCACACGCCGUCCUUUCCCCAAACACCGCCAAUGGCAUCCCACUGAUAGCUAGCGGGAAUGCAUGCAGACCUGGGUCAAAUCCCUCUUUUUGAAAUACUUUUUACUCUUUCAUUGCCUGUAAAAUUUUGCAGGAAGUUUACUGGUGCCCUAAUAUGUCUGUUAACAUGCAAGCCAGAGAGAUGAAAAUGAGCAGUGGCCUAACCCUUGUGGCCUGAAUGUCUGUUGCCAUGGUAGCAGCGUGUGUGUGCACAUCACGGCCAGCAGAGGGCGAACUCGGACAGCACUGUGGAAACGCAGGUCCUGAAACACGCUCAGAUCGAUGGCCCCAACAAUAAAAAAACUGGUGGUUUUUUUUUCGUCGUAAACAGUUUCACAAGUUAACGUUUUUUGCUGAACUUUUUAGUACCGUUUUGGACUGAGACAAUUAAAUUUAGGAGUUAGAUGUGAGCAUUUUUGUUAAAGGAGAGAAGCCAUCAACAAUCUGGCUAGGUAUGUGUUGGCGUAAGCAUCAAAUCCUUCCAUCACAACAUUAGAUGUGAAGUGAAAUGGGAUGUACCUUACGGUACCUUACCAACCCCAAGUAUGCGGUAGGAAACAUACAGGUAAUCUGAAUGCGUAUGUUAAAUGUUUAAAAGUUUUCCGCAAGGAGGAGGGGGGUUGCGUUGUGGAACUCGUAUAUAUAUGUAUACGUUACGUCUAUGCUCAGUAGAAAAUGAUUAACUUAAUCUUUGAAUUCUUUGUGUAUGAUUUACAUCAGGCCAAAAGUCGCAAUUUGCCGAAUGUUAAAAGAUAACAAGCGGAACUACUGUAGAACACUGGAGAUGAGACUUUUGUUUUAUUUUGUUUUAUUAGGUGAUGGCCAGCGAAGCUGCUCAGUGUUGUGUUUACCGAAUUCCUUGGCGAAUGCACUGGCACGGUCUGGAAUUUCCUUGUUUGUGGACUUAAGAAUUCACACAGAAUCAGUGUUAAUCCACGGAGUUAUCAUACUUCGUCCUCGGUUUUCCAGAGAAUCGUUUACAAGGUCGAUCACAGACAAAAUGGUAACGCACAAAAUUGUGGACCGACAUAGGAAAUCGUGGCAUAUCAAAUUAAUUAAAUAAUAUAGAUAAGUAAAGACAGUAAACAAGGUCAGAGCAAACUGCUGUUGCUGUUUUUUUGUACCAAAAAGCUGUUAUUUUUGCUUCGCAAAAGUCGCCCGGCCACAAAUAUAACUUGGAGCGGAUUGUUAGCCUUAGUAAAGCGGAAUAACAUGACACUUGUUUAUCACUGUAAAUCGUAUAUGGGCCUGGAUUUCUAUCCUCACGCUUAAAUUUUUGUAGUGGAACUUCACAGUUGAUGUUGCCAACUAAUUGUUUUGUCUGCCUAAAAAUAUUUGUGAACUUUAACUGAUCGUAUCUCGGAAUAUUUGUACACUUUAUUCUCGUUACAUUCGUCCUCUCUUAUCCCACUGUAUUAUUUCCAUUAGUCAAACCUUAAAGUUUUUGUUGAACCCUUUUCAAUACACUGUUUUGAAGCACUGGAUGGUUAAAUGUGAAUUUGUUUUGACAGCGCACAAACGAAACCGUUUUUUCAUUGGUCAUCAACAGAAUAUUUUAAUUGCAAUGCAUGUGCCACUGAAAUAUAACCAAUUUUGAGGUAUUGGUUGUCUUAAAUUAACACAAAUGUUGAAAAGAAUUAUAUGAUUUUUCUUUUAACUUGAAAAUAUUAAUCUAAUCCUUUUCAAGAUGUCUUGAAUGAUUCGAUGUUAUAAUUUUUCCGAAUUUACACGAAUGGAAAAAGACACAACAAUUUUGCAGAGAUGAACACUGCAGGGAAAUAAACUGGUACACAUUACACAUUUUAAAAACCCUUCAUAACGUCCCGCCAUUCUACAUGAGCUUAGUUCAACUUCAGGGUUAACGGCAACUAACAUUCGACUGUCCAUUAAAAAUUUCAGAUAUUAAAGUUCCGUUAUGAUAUUUAUAUAGGCGUAAUGUGUGUUGGAGGAAAAUGCAUGGAGAAAUUCGAAAAAAAAAAAAAAAGUAUUCCGUUAAGCAAUGGAGAUGUUGGCUAAUUGAAUGUAACACAAACACGGUUUUGGAAACAAGCCAAUACAUUAAUUGUAUAUAAGAAAUAUUUUCAGAUUGUGUAACUUAUUGCCUACACAAGUACGUUUUCAACAUAUUUUGCGUAAAAUAGAUAUUGAGAUGGUUUACAUGCUAUCAUUUUUGGUUUUGUGACUUAAUAAAGAUCUUAAAAUGUA